GUUUAUAAGUGUUUUUAGAUGAAACAAAAAGAAAACAAUAAAGUGAAAUUAGGAGAAUCCAAUAAAAUUUCUAAAAUUUAAUUUGAAGUUAGUUUGAACGGUUAAUUUGAAGGAAAGGUGUCAAAAUGCACUUUUUUAGCAUUUUAGUCGUGGGGCAAAGUGUGAUUAUUUUUUAAAAUGUUUUUGUAUUUUUUAAUGAGAAGUUAAUAAAGUUGUUCAUGCAACCCGUUUGCCUCCAAGAGUGCUGAAAUAUAUUAUUUUUAACCGAAUUCUAAAGAGAAGGAGGUUAUCAAUAUACGUUUGUAUUUUUGUUUAUGUUUGUUACCUCAUAACUUUGAACUGGUCGAACCAAUUUUGAUAUAUCUUUUUGUUUUGAAAGCUGGUUCCUGCAGUGUGGUUCCAUUUCAAUUUCGUUCAAUUUAAACUACAUAAUCCACGAGAAACCCAUAAAUCCCAGUUUCGAUCCAUAUAAGUCGGUUUUUUUUGAUGAAAAUUAUUAUUCAACUUGCGUUUAGUUUAGUAUUUGCGAUAAAAGUCGAGCGAAAAUCCAUUUUUGAUAUACAUAUUUGUUUUUUAUGUAUCAAGGAAUCAUGUAAACACAAACUUCUUUUGCUUAGGAAAUGUAAAAAAACUGAGCUUCAACCUGUUGAUGAAUUGGAAGUGAUUGUUGGCGAUGUAGAAGUGCCCUCAAAUCAUUCAUUCGAUGCAUUGAGAGUUACUGUCGAGGAAACAGCACCAGUUGAAGAUUUUCUCGAUACCUUUGAGCUGCCAGUUGAGGAGUUGAGGUUGAAAAAUCAGUAGCUACAAAUGAUUUUGUACCCGAAGGGCGAAGAGUGGUGGACUUGGAUUUUUUCCUUAAAAGUUUAAAAGAAAUAUCUUCUCAUAGUCAGUUGUUUGGCUGUACUAUGAAAAAUCUCUUCCUUACGCAUGAAAAACAGCAAGGCCUUAAUUCUAAAUUGACUUUUAAAUGUCAAAUGUGCAGUGUAAGCCAGUCUGUGUUUACAUGCCAUGAAGAGGAAAAUACUAGUCGUGAAUCAGAAGUUCUAAUAAAUAAAGAAGUUGUUGCAGGAACCAUGCUAUCUGGAAAUGGUUUUACACAGUGCAAGCGCGUUUUUGAAUCAAUAAAUGUUCCGUUUAUUGACUCCAAAAUUUAUAGAAAAAUCCAGAACGAUAGCAAAGCAGUUUGGGCUGAAACUGCAGAAAUUAAGAUGAAGGAAGCAAUAGAAGAAGAGAAACAAAUUGCCAUUCAAAAUGGCGAUGUUGAUAAAGAUGGUCAAGUUUUGUUAACAGUGGUUACAGAUGGAGCAUGGUCACAUAGAUCAUAUGGUAGUAAGUUCUCGUCGCUUUCUGGUAUUGCCACAAUCAUUGGUUUUAAAUCAAAAAAGGUGUUGUAUUAUGGUGUUAAAAAUAAAUACUGCCAUAUUUGUCGUCUGAACGAAAAUAAAGGUAAUGGCAUUCCCGAACAUUUAUGUAACAAAAACCAUACGGGACCUUCUACGAAAAUGGAAUCAGAUAUACUGGUAGAAGGUUUCAAACACUGUUUCGAAAAGUAUGGAGUUAUAUUCAACAAUUUCAUUGCGGAUGGUGACAGCAAUGUCCACAAAAAGUUCUUAGAAGCGAAACCAUACAUACAUACAACCAUACAGUUAAUAAGAUAGAAUGUGUCAACCAUCUUUAUAGAAACCUGAGAAAGAAACUUAUAGAAUUAACAAAAAAUACCAAAUUUAACAUAUUAGGCAGAAAAACGGUUCUAUCAAAACUAGACAACAUAGUUAAAGGUAUUAAAUGUGCAGUUCAACAUAGGAAAAAAGGCGAAAAUAAUUUGGAAGAAAAAAGACAAUUGCUCCAAAAAGAUAUAGAAAACGUGCCAUAUCACGUUUUUGGCUGUCACAAAAAUUUUACCCAAUAUUUUUGCAAUGGGAAUGAAAUUGAAGGCACAGAUAUGAUAGGGCAAUUAAAAGAAUAUGGUGUGUUAGAUUGCAUUAAUUUGUUCCUGCAAAGAAUGGUGCGCAAUUCCAUUAGCCUAAUCCACGGGUACGACUCAAAUAUAUGCGAGCAAUUUAACAGUGUUGUAUGCCAAUUUGUGGGUGGGAAAAGAAUUAACUUUUCAUUAGGGCAGUCAUACACCAACAGAUGUGCUGCUGCAGUCGUCCAAUUCAACACUAAAAGAGCAUUUACAGAGUAUAUAAAGACAAACAACCACACGGGAGGAAAGCCAAAACAAAACCUCUUAGUAAGGACAGAAAAGAAGAGGCAGGUAUCAUUAAAUAAAAGAAGGCUGUUGUUUUCAAACAAAAACAAGAUUAAUCCAAGAAAACGCAAAAGAAAUGCGACUGCUGAUUCCCACUAUGGCAAUGUGGAGACACCUUCUGAUAUUCCGGAUAAGGCAAUAGAAAAUAUGGAAAUUGAAAAAAAAUUAAAAGGCAGAUAAUUGAAGAGAAUUUCAAACAGAGAAUUCAGAUAGAAAAAGAUACUAAAGAACAGUCACAUAAUAAAAAAUGGGUUGAAAUAAGACGUCAAAUGGUAACAGCGUCUAAUUUUGGAAAAAUUUGCAGAGUAAGAAGUGUAUCUAGUUACCAUAAAAUAAUCAAAGCAUGCUUUUACAGCGCUUUAUGUUCUACGUCGAGUAUGUUAUGAGGUCUACAAAAUGAAAAGAAUGCGAUAGAAAAAUUGGAACAGGAAGCUGGAAUCAAAGUAGAAAAAUGUGGACUCUUCAUAGACAAAGAAUUGCAUUAUCUUGGCGCAACACCUGAUGGAUUAGUAGGAGAAAAUGCCAUUUGUGAAGUGAAAUGCCCAUCAUCAAUUAAAAAUAUGAUAA